AUGAACCGCAAUACUCAGAACCGCAAUAUUCAGAACCUCGCGAUCAGUCGCUUGCCUACUAAUGACAGCUUCCCACCUUUCUCCAACGUUCACAGGCCGGCAUCAAGUUCCUCCACAGCCUCGGUAUCGAGUGCAGAGGAAAGGCUCCAAUGGCGCAGUCACCCAAAUGUCGCGACGCCGCUCGCGGAUCCAACGACGCUGAAUCCAUUCGAAGAUCCCAACCUCGCAUUGGCAUCGCCCCUAAGCCGUGAUGAGCCCGAAGGCCUUGCGAAAAAUGUGCAGAAGCAGAUUCAGCGAGAAGAGGAGGAAGAAGAGUACCAUGGCGACAAAAAUGACAGGACAGAUACAAACUCUACGGAGAAGACCGAUGAUUCCGUGCGCCAGAAUCCAAGGGCAUUGACUGCUGUCACUAGCAGGAGCACAAAGCGCAGCACUCAUGGGACAGACGUACCGGAGGAUCGGAAGAUGCUGAGCUUCAAGGAGCGGAUACGGCACUUCACCUGGACCUGGUUCUGUCUUACCAUGGCUACCGGAGGCAUUGCUAACGUUCUUUACGCCGUGCCGUUCCGCUUCCGUGGCAUCUACGCGCUCGGAUGUAUCUUCUUCAUCCUCAACAUCGUUCUAUUCCUGUUCAACGUCGCAAUGAUUUCUUGCCGGUUCUACUUCUAUCCACGAACGUUCAAGGCCUCGUUUCUGCAUCCUACCGAAUCGCUGUUCAUCCCCGCGGCCAUUGUCAGCUUUGGUAUCAUCCUGAUCAACAUCAGUCAGUAUGGGGUUGACAUGGCCGGGGUCGGAGAGUGGUUGGAGCGAUGCAUGAUUGUAUUGUUUUGGAUGGACUGUGGGCUUGCUGUUUGCUUCUCUAUCGGCAUUUACCUGCUCAUGUGGUCCACCACGACAUUCACCAUCUCUCAGAUGACGCCCAUCUGGAUCUUCCCAGCAUACCCUUUGCUCAUCAUCGGACCUCACGCCGGUAACCUUGCGCCAAAGGUUGAAGAUCCGACUAUAUCCCUCACCAUCAUUCUGACUGGAUAUGUCAUUCAAGGCAUAGGCUUCCUUGUGUCGCUCAUGAUCUACGCCGCCUUCAUCUACCGCCUCAUGACACAGAAGCUUCCCAAAGAAUCCCUCCGCCCGGGUAUGUUCAUUAGCGUCGGUCCCUCGGGCUUCACUAUUGCCGGAGUUAUAAUGAUGGGCCAAGAGCUACCGAAAACCGUGCCCAGUGACUUUAUGGGCGAGGGCAAUGGCGAGCUCGCAGGCAAGGUUGGCAUGAUUUGCGCAAACUAUAUGGGACUAUGGCUCUGGGGUCUAGCACUGUGGUUCUUCUUCGUAAGUGUUGGUGCUCAUUACUCCUGUGCCAGGAGGGGAAAGAUGGACUUUGCAAUGACAUGGUACUCCUUCAUCUUCCCUAACACCGCGCUCACGACAUCCACUUUCGCCAUCGCCCGUGCUCUCAACGGAAAUAAACCUAUCGAAUACGUUGGCUGCGCAAUGACCAUCGCACUCAUUGCCAUGUGGUUCUUUGUCAUCUUCAUGAACAUUCGAGCAGUAGUCAUUGGCCAGAUUUUGUGGCCAGAGAAGCAAGAGGAUAGGACCGAAGGUGGCUGGAAACAACAAAGUGCGGAAGAGCAGCAAAGGAGGCAGAGAGAGCGGGAAUUGGCUGAUGGCGGCGAGAGCAUGAGGGACGCAUUCGAAUCCAAAGAGGUGUCUCUUGUCACGACGAGUAAUCCGAAUUCCACUCAUCCUGAAGAAGCAGCAUCUAUACCCGGUUCAUUUGGGUUGAGUCGUCCAACGGCUGCUCAGGAAGUUCAACCCUGCAACCCUGCCGCGGAGACACCACGCUAUCUCCGCGUCAAUGCUGGUGAUCAUAUUGAGCUCGACAAGGACGUUCAAUGUCGCUGUGCUGUGCCAUACCACCAUGUGCGGAUGCUUGGCCACGGCGGUAGCGCAAGCGUGGAGAUGGUCCGCGAUGUCAACUCAGGCUCGGUGUAUGCACGAAAGAUUAUCAAGGGAGUCAAAGCCCGCGACAUUAAGAAAGCCAAGCAAAAUCUUGUCAAUGAGGUCUUGGUUAUGCAACGUUUGGCCUCUCAUCAUCACAUUGUCAGAGUGCACGCCAGUUACAUCAAGAAUAGAGAACUUGCUAUCAUUCUCGAUCCCGUUGCGGAUGGCGGAGACCUGUCAGAAUUUCUGCACAAUUACCGCGAUCAGAACUUUUCCUGGGCCGGCGGCAACAUCGACGACACAGAGUCGUCCCACACUCACAUUCUGCUUAAAGCCUUUGGCUGUUUGGCCUCUGCUCUGGCUUUCAUUCACAAACAAACAAUCAGGCACAAAGACAUCAAGCCGCAAAACAUACUGAUCCACCGAGGAGAAGCCAUGUAUACCGAUUUUGGCCUGUCCUACGACUUUGGAGACACGGGCCGAAGCACGACUACCGGUGUUCCACAAGGCCUUACCAGGAGGUACUGCGCACCCGAGGUGGCUGAGUGGGGAAAUCGAAACUCUAAAUCAGACGUCUUUUCUCUUGGAUGUGUUUUCAUCGAAAUCUGUCUAGCGCUGGCCAAUGAUGCUUCAUACGACCAGAUGUAUGAACGAGAUUUCCAUGAGGUCGCGCGGUCUUCCAAGCAUGGCUUGUCACUGCCAUGUGGUAUGUUUGGUUCAAGCGAUGGUGAACUACUCGACCACAUCGUAAUGGAAAUGACGCGAGGUGACUCUACAUUGAGGCCCUCAGCUCACGCCAUCACGUACAUGAUUCUUGAGUGCGCUGCGGGUCACUAUUUCUGUUCAAAAUGUGACGAAAAGUUUCGGUUCGCAUAG